UUAGCAUUUCUUGAUCAUGUUGUAAUGAAAGAAAACCAAGCUGUUUUUCUUGUUUGUUUGUAUGUUUGUUUGCGUGUUUGAAAUUACGAUAGUAAAAUACAUACAGUAGAUGGCAACCAAUCCCAAAAUGAAGGAAAAGCGUGGAAAGUUCAAUAUUUUUAAGAGGAAUCCCAAGAUGCGGGACAGUACUCCAGCGGUUCCCACCUUUAAGCAGAAUCUCCAAGCAUGUCGCUUUGUGGAGGCAGGGCAACAACUGAUCACCAGAGAAGACCGUCUCUUUGUUUUGAAGCAGGAAGGAAUUGGAUCCAAAAAGAAGCUGUUGGAGGAAGAAGAAGAUUCAGAGGCAAAACUAGCAAAAGACUAUGAAGACUGGUUGGAGUUGGUGAUGCGGAUGCUGGAGAAUUCCCUCAGCCUCAAGUGUACAGAUGAACAGGAGGCACUGAGAGAGGCAGUCCAAGCCAUUCUACAAGAAGAGGAGCAGGACAAACGCUGGGAAGGGUUUGACGAAAAGGAACGCCCACCAUGGAGGCCAAGGCAUUGUAAACAAAACCACGAUGCACUGCUUGAGCGACUUGUUCAGAGUCGGAUGGAAGAGACACAGUUGGACUCAAGUGUUAACUUACAUUCUUCAGUGCAGAACUACAUUAUUAGUAAAGGAAAACAACUCAAGGAAGACCUGCUGAAAGUCAUGACAUGGGUGAGCAGCUGCUACCCAGAACAGGAGAAUGUGUGCCAGUUUUAUGCCAUGCUUUAUCAUCAAACAUUCAGUGCCAAGCUUAGAGACAUUGCUCAGUAUGGACUGUGUGAUGAUGACUGCUUCCAUUUAUUGCACUGGGUGAACUAUCAUUACCCCAGUAUUCUAAAUGACAUAAAGAUAAAAGAGGUUAUUGAUCACACAAAACUUGAUCUGCUGCUUCCUGAAGAGAUGAUAAGACCACUCGAAAGACAGUUUUUGACCAGCAAGGAGAAUGAGGUGAGCACAUGGCUCCACAGAGCUCUGACCAGAGAAGAAACAAGCUGGAAGGAGGGAGCAUUUCCAGAAAUAGUGAACCAGUUGUACACCUGUCCUCUCGCUAUUGAUGUGAUUGAGUGCAUUCAUGGCAGUGUAACGUCUGCUCGAGAGGUGCUGGGUGAUGGGACAAAAGCUUGGAGGGUCACAUGUGCGAUGAGCAAUUUUCUGAAAGAAUACAAAACUUUUAAUGACAAGGUCAUCAAGGCCAAACAAACAAACACUGAGGCUGUUUUGAUGGCCAACCUCUCAUGCAUCACACAGUUCAGGGAGUACAUUAUAAAGAAUGCAGAUCUGUUUCCUGAAUAUAUAAAAACAGAUUGUCUGUCUUUGUUGACUACCAUGAGAGAGGGCAGCCACUAUUACUUCACUGCUUAUGUACAUAAGGAUCUUAAGGAGUUGUACAGAAGGCUGGGUUCCUACAACUGGCUCAAAGACAGUGAAAGCAUAUGUGAAGAGCUGCUUGCAAAGUUUGACAGACAUAUUCAGAAGUUCCACAACUUGGACAGAAAGAGUUGCCAGGAGCUGUUUGGUAGACUACAUAAGGAGUUUCUUGCGGAAUAUGUACGGAGAAUGAUGAAGCAAAAGAUCAGACUUGCAGAUAAAGAAAAGCAACAAAAGGCAGCGGCAAGGCUUUGCAAGGAUAGUGAGAGUAUACAUGCACGCAUGACUGCAGCUGGAUCCAGCAUGGUCUGGUUGAAAGAUAUUCUUCCAAAAUUAGCUGGUCUGCUGAAACUUCAGGAUCCAGACAGUAUAAAGUUAGAGCUGGUUAACCUGUUAAGAGAUUACCCUGACUUCAGUGAGCGUCAUAUUUCUGCUUGGCUGCGACUCAAGGCAAAUCUUUCUGCCUCAGACCUCAAGUUGAUCCUGAAGAGCUUCACCUGCAGUCAGGAUCAGCUCAAUGAAGAACAGGACUCACUCCAGCUCAGCAAGAGUUUCUUUUCUAUUGUGAGGACUAAAAACAAUUUGCUUCUUAACCUAAGAAGAUAGCUUCUGAUGAAGCUACUGUAUUGUGCUUUCCUUUUGUACAUCUCUGAAAAUCUUUGUGUAAUAAAAUUGCAUAUCAACUUUU